AUGAUCCACUUCCACAACAUUCUGGUGUUGUGGGUUGUUUUAUUAGGGUUCUUCGCAACCGGUGUUUAUUCCAAGACCAAUUCUCAAGAUGUAUCUGCCCUUAAUGUGAUGUAUAACAGCUUUCAAUCUCGUUCUAAACUAAAAGGUUGGAAAUCAAGUGGCGGUGACCCUUGCGGCGAGUCAUGGAAAGGGAUAACAUGCUCAGGCUCAUCUGUAACCGAAAUAGACUUGUCUGACCUGGGGCUCAGUGGAUCAAUGGGAUACCAGCUUGCAAGCUUAACAUCUGUCACUAAAUUUGAUUUAAGCAAGAACAACCUCAACGGUGAUAUACCCUAUCAACUGCCCCCUAGUGCAAAGUAUAUAGAUCUUUCUCAAAAUGGUUUUUCGAACACAGUACCGUAUUCAGUAUCUCAGAUGUCUGGCCUUGAAACCCUAAAUCUUGGUCGUAACAAGCUUAACGGACAGUUGAGUGAUAUGUUUGGCAAACUUACUAAACUCAAAGAACUGGAUCUAUCUUACAACUCAAUAACUGGCAACUUGCCUCAGAGUUUUGGAAAGCUUUCAAGCCUCAAAAAAUUGUAUCUGCAGAACAAUCAACUUACCGGUCAAAUCAACGUGCUUGUGAACACUCCCGUUGAGGAAUUGAAUAUCGAAAACAACCGCUUUUCUGGCUGGAUCCCCAACGAUUUGAAGGGUAUAAACAUAAAGUCUGGAGGAAACUCCUGGUCGUCUGGACCAUCUCCGCCUUCUCCUCCUGGUGCGCACCGCAAUAGAGGGUCAGGCAAAAGGAGUGGCAGCAGCAACUCUUCUGUAGUCGCUGGAGUAACCAUAGCUGGGAUAGCUCUUGGCGUAUUGUUGCUGCUUGCAAUUAUAAUUGCGCUGUUUUCAAGAAGAAAACGUUCUUCUUCGCAUCUCCUCGAUGAUGACAGGCUUAGCCAGCGCAAGUCGUUUCGCACCUAUUCAUCUAAGGAUUUAUCUAAAGAAUUGACUUCUGACUACAAAGAUUCUGCAGCCGUUUCAAUUGACAUAAAGCCUGUUUCAAAAUCUCCAUCAAUUGGUUUCAAGUCACUGUCUGGCCGUUUGCAAUCCUUUGCCAGAAGAAGCACCUCUGUAAAAGCUACCGCUUACGCUUUGGCAGAUUUGCAGGUUGCUACUGCUAACUUUGCACCAGCUCGCCUUCUCGGGCAGGGCUCCAUUGGACGUGUUUACAGGGCUAAAUAUGAUGAUGGGAAGGUUUUAGCCGUUAAAAAGAUUGAUUCCUCACUUUUUCAAGGCUCACCACCGCAAGAAUUUUCUAACAUUGUCGUAAACAUCUCCAAGAUUCGUCAUGCCAACAUCGCCGAACUUGUUGGCUAUUGCUCAGAACACGGGCACAACAUGUUGAUUUAUGAGUACUUCAGAAAUGGCUCGCUUCAUGAAUUCUUACACAUGUCGGAUGACUAUAGUAAUCCCCUAACUUGGAACACAAGAGUCAGAAUCGCUUUAGGCACUGCCCGGGCUGUUGAGUACCUCCAUGAUGGUUGCUUUCCAUCCACAGUUCACAAGAACAUCAAAUCAUCCAAUAUUUUGCUUGACAUCGAACUCAAUCCCCGUCUUUGUGAUCAUGGCUUGGCAACAUUUCACCAGCGUACUAGCCAAAACCUUGGGAUGGGAUACAAUGCUCCAGAAUGCACAAAGCCGUCAGCGUAUACAGCAAAGAGUGAUGUUUACAGUUUUGGAGUAGUCAUGUUGGAACUAUUGACAGGUCGAAUGCCUGUUGACAGUUCAAAACCACCAGUGGAGCAGUGCCUUGUGCGAUGGGCAACUCCCCAGCUUCAUGAUCUCGACUCACUGUCACAAAUGGUUGACCCUGCACUGCGUGGACUCUACCCUCCCAAGUCAGUCUCGCGGUUUGCUGAUAUUGUUGCUAUCUGUGUUCAGCGGGAGCCAGAAUUUCGGCCACCGAUGUCAGAGGUGGUGCAACAGUUGGUGCGGUUAGUGCAGAGCUCUACUACGAACAUGAGGGAGGAUUUUGGUCUCGGGUCUCAUAACUCUAGUGCCAUGAGCAGCAAGAGAGAAGAUCUUGCAGCUUCUCGUCGCUUGACUGACUUUUGAUGAUGGUAGCGACGAUCGAGAGGACAACGGUUUUCAUUUUGAUCAAUAUCGUGUAAGCAUAAAAGAGACAGAUUGAGUCAAUUCUUUGAAAUGUUUUUCUCUGUCUGCUCUAGCUGCCCAAUAUUUUAAAACAGAUUUACUUCAAAAUUAUUCUCAUGAAUUAUGGGCCCUAAAAGUUCUCCGAGGCAUUUUAGCUUGUUCAUUAUAGAGAAGCAGAUUUGAGAAA